AUGAAACCUAAAACUAAUUUAGCACCAAGAAAACCGAAUUUUAAAUAUCAACUUGAUUCAACUUUGAUUGAAUCAGACUAUGUUCCCAUUUUUGCUUCAUGGAUUGAUAAAAAAGAUUCUUCACAUUAUAAUAGAAAAAAUAUCCCUUAUGAUUUUAAAUUAUUACAUCGAUCAAGUCAAGAUGGAAAUAAUACUUUAUCUUUUCAUAGAAAUUGUGACAAUAAAGGAGCUACUAUUUGGAUCGCAAGAAUUAAAAAUUCCACACAAUUAAUUGUAAGUUAUGUUAGUAUGCAGAAUAGGGCUUUUUUUUGUGGAGAUAGUCAUGGACCAACUAUGGGUAAUUUAUACUGUCUUAAUGAUGCUUGGUCUUAUAAUAAUAAUGAUAAUGGAAAUCGUUAUCCUAAAAUAGGGAUCCCAGCAAAAUUUGAGGUAGAAGAUUAUGAAGUAUUUCAAGUAAUUAAAAGAUAA